AUGCGAAAGCUUGCGCUGAACAAUCACAAUGAAAUAGAUAUACUUGGGCUAGGAACAUACGAGACAAAGCGCGAAGAGGCAGACACGGCGGUGGGCGCCGCCAUGGAGGCGGGGUACCGGCUCUACGACACUGCGCAGGUGUACAAGAACGAAAAGCAGGUAAGCGACGCCAUAAAGAAAACCGGCAUGCCCAGAAAAGAGGUGUUUAUAACCACAAAAGUGAGCACGUCCAACCAAGGAUAUGACGAGGCCAUGCGGUCUGUCCGAGAAAGCCUUUCUCUGAUGGGCGAGGAGUAUGUUGACCUUGUUUUGAUCCACUGGCCAGGCGCGAAGGGGGUGGACCUGCAGAGCCCAAAGAACAAAGAGCUUAGGCACGGGUCGUACAGGGCUCUUCUGGAGCUGCAGGAGGAAGGAGUGGUCAAAAACAUUGGCGUGAGCAACUUCAUGUGCAGCCACUUGCGAGGGCUCUUUGAAGAGUUUGACAAAAAGCCGCAGGUGAACCAAAUAGAGCUUUCGCCCACAUGCUAUCCAAAGGACGUGGUGGAAUACUGCCAAAGCAACCGCGUGGUGGUGCAGUCGUACUCGACGCUGGCCAGGGGCCUUCUUCUCUCCGAGGAGUAUCUGAAGAGCUCUGCGCAGCUUUCCCGGAUGAAGGAAAAAGGCUCUCUGGCAAACCAGAUCCUCAAAUGGUCGAUGAACAAAGACUGCUGCGUGAUCCCAAAGAGCGUGCACCCUGCGCGAAUCGCUGAAAACUUCAAGGCGCUGGAGCAGGCGCUGGACCCUGAGGACGAGGAGUACCUAAACAGCUUCCCCAUACAGAACAGAACCUGCUGGGACCCGAACACAAUUGCAUAG